UUGGGGGGCCUUGACGGUAAAUUUUCAUUGGGAAAAGUGGCAAACUCCAUUGUGACGACUCACAUCUCUUUCGUGAAUCCCAUUAUAAAAACCCUUUUCAUCAUUCUCAUCGAUUCUCCAAUUUCAUUCAUACAUCUUUCGUCUUCACAAACACGCAAUUCCGUAAUCAGCUUAUACGCAUUUCAGGCUUAAUAAUUAAGCAAAGCAUCUUUCAAUUCUAUGGCUGUAAAGUCUCAUCAGUUUGAAGCAGUCGAUAGCAAUCAAAACGCCUUACAAAAGCAUUGUGCGUUCUUUGACCGUAACAAGGAUGGUGUGGUUUACCCUUGGGAAACUUUUCAAGGGUUUCGAGCAAUUGGGAGUGGUAUUCUGUUAUCUUCAGUUGCUGCCAUCUUCAUCAACAUGGGUCUAAGUGGCAAAACUCGCCCAGGAAAGAAGUUUCCCAAUCUGUUGUUCCCGAUCGAGAUCCAAAACAUAAAUAUGGCCAAACAUGGCAGUGACUCUGGAGUCUACGACACUCAUGGAAGGUUUGUUGCCUCAAAGUUUGAGGAGAUAUUUCAUAAGUACGCACGCACGAAUUCAGAUUCGUUAACAUCAUCAGAACUGGACCAACUUAUCAAAGGAAACCGAGAACCCAAGGACUACGGAGGAUGGAUUGGAGGUCUUACAGAAUGGAAGAUCUUGUAUUAUCUAGGGAAGGACAAGAAUGGAUUAUUGAGCAAGGAGACCGUUAGAGCUGUUUAUGAUGGAAGCUUGUUCGAAAAGAUGGCACAAGAUAAAUUAGCCAAGUCCACAAAGAAGCCCAUAAGUGAGAAAUAAAGAAUUGGCAGCUGCKUGGUGGUGGUGUGACUACAUAUAUAAUACAGUUGGAUUUACAUAUAUGUCUAUAUAUUAUUAGUGUGUGUAUAAAAGAUUGAAAUUGUAAGUAACACUUUGCUUAUCUAUUUUUUAAACAAAUGAGACAUCAUAUCGUGAAUCUUUUUAUGA